CACUACACUCCCUGCUGACCGGAGAAAACAUUUGAUAUCGAACGCGAGCAGGGGAUUUAAUUGACGCGAAAAAAACUUCCUAUUUCGCCCGCACGGUGCCCGUGGAAGAACGCGGUCUGAAGAUCGCCGCUCAUUAGCACCGUUUACCGGCCCUCCGUCAACAUAGUACGACGUUUUGUCUCUGCUUAAUGUCGCCGAUGUAGGACUUGUUUUUCAUGCCAGAGCUCGCUUCCUGUUAGCUUGUGCUGUCUUGGAGGAGCCGACAUUAUGCUAAUUAACAUGCCAAUAUAGUUUGCCAUCACGGAGAGCUGCAACCGCACUACUUGGGCAACUUUUCUCGGUUGGUGUUGUUUCAAAUCUAAAAAGUAAGUGUGGAUUAUAGUGUAUCAACCCGCUCUCGUUGUUUGUCUUGUCGUUAACGCUCGGUAGCUUAGCCAUGUUGCAUCUACGAGGGGUUUAGUUCGCCCAAUACGGCUCAUUGAUAUAUGCACCAGUAAUUAGGCGUGUUUCCAACACAAGGCAAUUCUUAAUCAACCGAAUGUGUUGAAUUCGUGUGUCAUCGACGUUUUUCCGUGCUUCCCGUGCUGAAAAAAGACAAUAGAGAACCCGAGACUUCUAUGCUAGUGUCAACAUCUUUUUGUAACCGCAUAAGUCACUUCUGGGCGAUUUAACAGUGUUGAAUUCGUUGUUUAAAAUAGUUAUAAAUGCAUGAAGUUGCACUAUUAGAGUAACGACGUCUUUCGUGCUAACUUGCUGUAAACGCGAAACUGCAACGCCUCUGACGAGGGAGGUUCCCUUCUCUUUUGGGGGAGACUUUCGACUACUUUUCCAUCCCCACCGCCCUCCUCAUCGCUCCAUCCAGCCAUGGACCCCCCAAGGACACGGUCUCGAUCUCGGUCCGGCUUCUAUCAUUUCGCCGUGAACAACCCCGCGGGAGGCAGCGGCGGCGGCGGUAACGCACUCAGUAACGGGAGCAUGAUGAACGCCGGCGGAGCAGGAGGGAUGAGCUUCCCGCAGCAGAACAAUGCCGUCUGGGCUGCGCACCAUGGUGGUCGCGGUGGAUUCCCGGAGAGUCAGCCGCAGCAGCCGACUACUUACCUGGCCGCGGGGGCGCAACGCCACGGAGCCCACCGGCACCCCGGCACUGGAGGAGUGCUACACUUUCAUCCAGAUAACGUUUUCAGUGAGGAUCGAGACAAAAUGGAAGAUAGCCCAAGCCCCAAAAGGCAACGUCUUUCCCAGCAGUCCAUAUUAGAUCUAAGUGCUGCCCCUCCAGCUACCCCGUCCUCUCCCAUUCGCCCCUGGGAGCUCCCUCCUAGUCGCCGACCGCAUGCCCACUAUGCACCAGAGAGAUGUCACACACCUGUCCGCAAUCGUAGAAGCCCUCCAAUGCGACGCCCGCGUGGCCGCAGAGACCGCCUGACUCGCCAUCACCACACGCACAACCACCACCACCACCAUUUUAAUAGCAACAACAGCCAUCAUCACCCUAACACUCACCCUCACCACCACCAUCAUCACCACCUGCACUCUCACCAUGGGCUUUCACCGGUCCACCAAGAUGAGAAUUACCGUCACCCAGCCCAACCUCAGGGCUACACUGCCUUUGGCCAGCAACCCCCCAGAGGGCCGGGACCCGGAAUGGAAGAGCGCCAAGUUUACCAUCCCCCAAACCCCUCCCCAAGGCCCCUUCAUCCGUCCUCAAACCUUUCUCCCCGACUGUUGCACCCCCACCCAUCGCAGCAACCCAGCAGCGGGGUGUUAGAUCUCCAGGAGCAGGGUUCUGCUCCAGUAUCGUAUCCUGUGUCCCCGCCGGGGGCUCCACCUGGCCUGCCACCUCGCACAGCCCCGCAACAGAUUCCAGCAUGCUCGGUAGUCUUCAGUGGACAGCACUACCCUGUCUGUAAUGUCGCCCCACCUGUCCUGCAGACUUGUUCGGUGCAGCACCUUCCCAUGCCCUACGCGUUCCCCUCUUUGCUGUCCAGUGACCCAGCCUUCCUACUACCCCCACCGCCCCACCUCCCCCACCCUCCCACACAUCUUCCACACCAUCCAUCUCACCUGCCGCAGCCUGGCCAGUUCGGACCCUAUACGACUCAACAGGCCCGAUCACCUUUACAGAGGAUAGAGAACGACGUGGAGCUGCUGGGAGAGCAUCUGCCUUUGGGUGCGGGGCUCCACUACCCCCCUGCCACCCACCCGGCCCUCACUCCACACUCUACACAGCUCCAUUUUCUCUCCCAUGAGCCCUUGCCCCAAGAGUUUUUUGGAGUGUCCUACCCGAACUUCCUCCCUCGUCGCCUCGCAGGCCGAAGGUACCGCUCGCAACAGCCACUGCCGCCUUCACCUUAUCACCCCAGCCUACUACCUUACUUCCUCUCAAUGCUGCCAGUCCAGCCAACUGGCCCUGCAAUCAGUCUAGAGCUGGAUGUCGAUGAUGGAGAAGUGGAAAAUUAUGAGGCUCUCCUCAAUCUUGCCGAACGUCUCGGGGAGGCCAAACUCAGAGGACUUACCAAGGGAGAAAUCGAGCAGCUUCCUUCCUAUCGCUUCAACCCAAAUAACCACCAGUCAGAACAAACACUGUGUGUGGUGUGUAUGAGUGAUUUUGAGUCUCGACAACUGCUGCGAGUUUUGCCCUGCAGCCACGAGUUCCACGGGAAGUGUGUCGACAAGUGGCUGAGAGCCAAUCGGACUUGCCCAAUUUGUAGGGCCGACGCUUCCGAGGUCCAGAGAGACUCUGAGUGAUUGCGUAAUGCGCUACAAUGGACACAAUGGUCUUUUUUGACAUGUUGAGCACUGCCUGUUCUGGAUUUGUGUCACUUGUUACAUACAUGUACAUGAUUGAAUACACACUUUGCAAACAGACACGCCAUUUCCUCCAUUAUUUCUAUAAAAGAUGUGUGUCUUCUCUAUAUCUUUUUUUUUCUCAACGACAGAACUUCCUACUUUGCAUACUUACAGUGUGUGUUGGUGUUUAUACCAUAAGAAUUAACAUGUAUUUUGGCCAGCUUUAUUAUGCAAGCCUGUGGAAGGGGUUUGAUUGUGACUUUUUCUAGAGAUUUGAGCAUGAACGUGUGGGUGUGCAUGUGGGCAAGUAUGACUGUGUGUCAGUCAAUUAAUGUUAACUCAUGAAUGAUUUACUACACUUGUUCGUUCCUGCACUAUAAAGUAUGUAUCUUUAUGUACAGUAUAACAAUGUGUAUAAUGAAAUUAUUUUUUCUCUAGUUUGAUUCAAGGGUCCGUGCUACCACUUUCAUAUUUUUAAGUUGAUGCUUCAUUUUGAAUUUGCAAUUUUGUUUACCAUAAUGAGCGACUGUUUGUUCUGCCUGGUGUUUACCUCAUUCCUGUCUCCACUCAUUUAUUACAAGCGCUUCACAGACCUAAAAUGAAAUUAAGCACAUUAGACAUUUUUAUUUCUCCUCCUGGUUUGAAUGUUUGUGUUUGUGACUUUGCGGUGGCACAUGUUAUAUAAAUAUCUAUAUAAAUAUAUAUACUGUAUAAAUGUAUACCAAAUAAAAAGCUUGAUAUGAACUUUUUAAAGUUGGACAUAUUUCUUUCCUUCCACUUGAUUGUACCCUCCAUUGAGUUGUUCUCUAGAUUUUCUUGAAUUUUGAAACUGUUUUGUAUUUCUAUAUUUGUUUGUCAUUGAGGUUUGUUUUACAGUGCACAUUCAGGUUAAAUGACUUCGUUUCCCCACCAGUAUUCAGUAAAUGUUUUACUCAAUUUUUAUCGAGGUGGCAUGUUUCUUGAAGCGACCACAAGAUGGUGUUGACGUUUUGCUAGACUACAGUCCGUCAAAAUCUGCAGGAAAUCAAUCUGGUUCCCCCCAUCUUGCCAAAGGAGGAAACAAAUAUAUUUCAUGGAAUACAGGAGAUUCUGAUGUAUAAAUGCACUUCAUGGAUUAAACCUAUAAUUACUUUUCGCCUCAGC